AUGAUUCCCAACUACGCCUACCGGGUGUCCCUACUCGCGAUGAUGGCACAUGCUGUUGGGGCCGAAGAAGCAGCCAAUGCGCAGAAGUACACGAAUUAUGCCGUCUCGGGGAUAAAGUCAUUGAAUGAUCAUUGGUACAAUGUGAAGACAGGUAUCUGGGAUGAUGCUUGGUGGAAUAGCGGAAACGCGCUCACUACCUUGGCCGACUUUGCGGCAUUACGACUGGCCGAGGCCAAUAAGCUCAAUGUUGGUGGCUAUAUGCGCAAUACAUUUGUCCAGGCCCAAAAGGUCAACGUGAAGACGGCGAAAUUUGUUAACAAAGCUGGCAUGGUCUCGUCCGUUUACUGCCUGGACGGGAGUAGCGGCUGCAUGGCUAAGCGAGAGUUUUUGGGCAAGCGUGGCUUUGACGAUUUUAUCAACGACUUUUACGAUGAUGAGGGAUGGUGGGCUCUGGGUUGGAUACGAGCUUACGAUGUUUCUGGCGAUGACGAUUAUCUCGGCGCCGCCAUUGAUUUAUUCAACGAUAUGCAGACGGGAUUAGGCGGCCCUUGCGACGGCGGUAUUUAUUGGAGCAAGGACCGACAGUACGUCAAUGCCAUUGCCAACGAGCUCUAUCUGUCGGUAGCUGCAUCUCUGGCUCGACGAGUUCCCCAAAACGGCACUUAUAAAGCUAUUGCCGUGCAGCAGUGGGACUGGUUUGAAAGGAGCGGCAUGAUCAAUGCGCAAAAUCUCAUCAACGACGGUCUCGAUGCGUCGUGUAAGAACAAUGGAUUACAGACUUGGACUUACAAUCAGGGUGUUGUCCUGGGUGGUCUCGCCGAGCUCUUUCGGGCUACCGGCGAUCUCAAAUACGCCGAAAAAGCCGUUUCUAUUGCCCAGGCAGCCAUGAAGGCGUUGUCUGUAGAUGGCAUUCUGACCGAGACCGGCGGGUGCGAUGCUGCGGGCGAUUGUGGCCGAGAUGGCGCACAGUUUAAGGGAGUCUUUAUUCGCAACUUGCGUUAUCUCAAUGAUGUUGCCCCCCACCAGGAAUUCAAGGACUUCAUCAUUCAAAACGCCAAGUCCAUCUGGGCCAAGGACCGAACCAGCGACAAUCAGUUUGGGGUGGCAUGGGCCGGUCCAUAUUACCCAGCCUUUGGCGCGACGCAAAGCAGUGCCUUGGAUGCCCUGGUUGCCGCUGUGGCCGUCUCAUAA